AUGAGAGUGCAGGUGUGGAAUUGUCAAGGUGUGGGGAGCCCCUUGACAAUUCCCCAGCUGAGAGAGGUUAAUAACCUCUUCUCUCCAAGUAUGGUGUUUUUGAGUGAGACCAAGAAUCGAACAAAAUACAUGGAAAAAGUGAAAAAUAUUUUAAGAUUUGAUGAGAUGGUUGUGGUGGAGGCAAUGAAUAAGGCAGGAGGAAUGGCUCUCCUUUGGAAAGAUGAGGUGAAAAUUUUAGAGGUUUUGACGAUGGCUUUUACCAUAGAGGCUCAUGUGGAGGAUUCGGAAGUCAAUUCUGAUUGGUGGUUUGUAGGUAUUUACGCGAGUUGUGAUCACCAGAUCAGAAAACAACAGUGGCAAGUAAUAGAGCGUCGGAAGAGAUUGUGGGGAAAAAGAUGGUUGAUAGCUGGAGACUUUAACGAUAUUGCUUCCAAUGAAGAAAAAUGGGGAGGAAAUAGCCGGCUGGAAAGUAGCUUUCAAGACUUUACGCAAUUCAUCAAUGGGAAUCACUUGUUGGAUAUUGGUUUUGUAGGACAUCCUUGGACCUGGAGUAACAAUUGGGAACAAGGAGGGGAUAACAAACAAAGACUAGACAGAGGUUUAUGUAGCUAUCCUGGUCACAGGAGGAAGAAGAGAUUUUGUUUUGAUAAGAGGUGGCUAAAACGAGAUGAUAUUGGAGAGGUAGUCAGGUCUGCUUGGGAAAACGAAGUUAAUGGUUCAUGGAUGUUUCAAGUGGUAAUGAAGAUAAAGAACUACCGAGUAGCUCUCUUAAAGUGGAGGAAUAAUUUCCAAGCCAACUCGCGAAAGGAUAUUGAGCAGAUAAAGAACCAGUUAAGUGUGGUGCAGCAAUCGCAAGGUAGUACUAGCAUGGGAAGCAUGGGUUCUCUUAAAAAACAGCUAAAGGAUGCCUAUAAAGGGGAAGAGCUUUACUGGAGGCAGAAAUCGAGGAUACAAUGGCUUAGGGAGGGUGACAAAAACACAAAAUUUUUCCAUACCUCUGUACAAGGCAGAAGAAGGAGAAAUAGAUUGAACAAACUGCAGCGAGAGGAUGGUACGUGGACUGAAAGUGAGGAGGCAGUGAGCACGGAAGUUGCAAAAUACUAUAGGAAUUUGUUGCAUAGCAGUGAUGUAGGGGACUUAACUGAGGUACUAAAUGGUAUACCCCAUACUAUCUCUGAUGAACUCAAUGGGAACCUGAUGAAACCAGUGUUGGAAGAAGAAAUUAAAUAUGUUAUUUUCUCUAUGAACCCAGAUAAAGCUCCUGGGGUUGAUGGUCAUCUCUUGAAGAGUGUUAAUCAUACUGUGAUUACCCUCAUUCCCAAAGUGCUUAAUCCUACAUCCUUGAAGCAUUUCAGACCCAUUAGUCUCUGUACAACCAUGUACAAGGUCAUUGCUAAAAUUCUAGCAAAUAGGCUUAAAUAUGUCUUACAUUGCUGCAUCUGCAAAAACCAAUCUGCAUUUAUACCUAGUAGGCAAAUUUUAGACAACAUUAUGGUCUCUCAUGAAUAUUUGCAUUACCUAAAUAACAAGAGACAUGGUAAGGAUGGGUUUAUGGCAGUGAAGUUGGACAUGUCUAAAGCCUACGACCGGGUGGAAUGGAGUUUUCUCGAGGCCAUUAUGCAAAAGAUGGGAUUCCACCACAAAUGGAGAACCUGGAUUAUGGAGUGUAUAAGAUCUGUUUCUUACUCAUUCAAUAUUAAUGGGGAAGUCAAAGAGUAUGUGAUUCCCACAAGAGGUAUUCGACAAGGGGACCCUCUAUCCCCUUAUUUGUUCCUUCUUUGCUCUGAGGGGUUCUCCAAUCUUAUUCGGCAGGCAGCAGAAACUAGGAAGAUUUCUGGGAUGAAGAUUAGUAGACAUGGUCCUUGUAUAACACAUCUUUUCUUUGCAGACGACUCCUUGAUUUUUUGCAAAGCGAAUAAGGAUCAGGCCACUGAAUUGAUGAGGGUGUUGCAGGUGUAUGCCUUGGGGUCUGGUCAGUUGAUAAAUUUGGAUAAGUCAUCUAUCCUUUUCAGUAAGAAUGUGAGCCCACAUCUGAAGCAUGAGAUUUGCCAAGUUAUGGGGAAUAUGCAAAGUGUUACUCAAGGCAAAUAUCUCGGCUUGCCAAUGGUGGUAGCUAGAUCUAAACAGCAGAUUUUUGGGUUUGUCAAAUCCAAUAUAAAGCAGAGAAUGAGCAAGUGGAAUAACAGGUUCUUAAGUUUAGCGGGAAAGGAAGUCAUGCUUAAAUCAGUAGCCUUAGCCAUGCCAACGUAUACCAUGUCUUGUUUCAAGCUCCCAUCUAGGGUAUGUAAGGAUCUCAGUUCCUUAAUGUCAAAUUACUGGUGGGGUGAGGCUAAUGGAAAAAAUAAGAUACACUGGUGUUCUUGGAGGAAGCUCACUCAGAGCAAGAACAUGGGAGGUUUAGGCUUUAAGGAUUUGAUGGCAUUUAAUGCAGCACUUCUCGGCAAGCAGGUUUGGAGAUUGAUAACUCAGCCCAAUCUUCUUGUUAGUCAAGUGAUGAAGGCAAAAUACUUCCCAUCUACCUCUAUAUUUAGAUGCAAAGUCCCCAACAAUGCAUCUUGGUUAUGGCGGAGCCUUAUGGGUGCUAGAGAGCUGGUGAAUCUAGGAACGAGAAGAAAGAUUGGCAAUGGCAUGAACACUAAUAUAUGGGAAGAUAGCUGGAUUCCGGGUAAUCUAAAUGGAAGAGUGACUACCACGAGAGACAUGGACAAUGGACUGCACAAAGUUCAUGAGCUGAUCUGUCACAAGACAUGGAAUACUAAUCUAGUCUUCAAGAUUUUUAAUCCACAAGAUGCUGAAAGGAUCCUGGCUACACCUAUAAGUCUAGCAGGGAAGGAAGAUAGGCAUUUCUGGAUAUAUGGGACUGAUGGAAACUAUUCAGUAAGUUCUGGGUAUAAAUUACUGGUGGGUCACGAGGAAAGGAAGCACAACAGAAUCAAGAAGGAGACCUCUACAAGCUGGGAGGAUCAAACCCAAAGGCUAUGGAAGGACUUGUGGAAACUGAAGGUGAAGCACAAACAGAAAAUAUUCUUAUGGAAAUGCCUUAAUGAUGCACUCCCAGUCAGAGCGCUUAUGUUCGGUAGAACCAAAAUUGGGGACCCCAUUUGUAGCAGAUGUGGAGCGGAAAUGGAAACGAUAGAACAUACUCUUUUGAACUGCAGGGAAGCUAAACUGAUUUGGAAGUUAGCCCCUGUCCAAUGGGAAGGAAUGAUGGAGCAACAUGGGAGUUUUAGAAAUUGGUGGACAUCAAUCUCAGAAGCCAGGAACAGACCGGAAGGAUGGCAACACAUUUCUUUGUCUGUACAUAUUCUAUGGCAAAUAUGGAAAGCUAGGAAUGAGCUGGAAUUUAAUGGUAAGAAAAAGGAGCCUUGGAAGACUAUUCAAAAGGCGCACCAGGAAUGGUUAGAGAUGGUGGAACUAGAUAUAAAAGAAACUAGGAAGAGCACAGAGGAAACAUCAGUUCUUCAUCAACAAAUACCACAGUUAGACUCAGAACAUGGGACAGUGGAAGUGAGGAUUGGAGUAACUUCAGAUAUGGCCAAUCAUGGCCUAGGCAUUGGAAUAAGUCUGAGACAAGGUGAUCAAGGAUUCCACCGAGGUUGGGCGAUACGGGCUAGAAGUUCAGGAUCAAACCUGGUGGAUGAAGCAAUUGCACUUAAAUUGGCAAUGUGUAAGGCUGCCGCAGAGCUACUAACGGAAGUGUUAUUCCAAGUGCAAAGUCCUCAACUCCUCAACUAUAGCUGCACAAACAGAGUGAGUGACAUUCGACUAGCUACUGUGGUUGAUGACAUUAUUCAACUAAGAGAUUUGUUUCAUAUGUGCUCCUUUUGCCUAGUUAGAAAUGAUAAGACUCAACUAAGCUCCAAGCUUAGCAUUCAUGCCUUAGGCAUUAUUUUGGAUGAGGAACUUUGGUUUCCUUAG